CAAUGUUCGGCUUGGCUGAAACUUUUACCAAACAAAGUGAAUUAAUUAACCUAACUGGUGUUUAUAAAAAUGAAUUGGAGACAAUUAAAUUGCUGCAUAUACUGCCCGCUGACAGGAACACAUAUUUCAAUAAACUGACCCAACAAUUACUGGGGAAUUUAGAGCAACCGACGGAUAAACAAAUUUGCGCUGAACGUUCGCGCUUUUUGAGGGAGGAAGGAAACCGCGUGUAUAAAUCAAAAUCAGCUAAAAAUGUUGCAAAUUCAGUGGAAUGUCUGCUUGCCGCCUGUCGCCUCUACACACAGGCCAUUCUGGCAGCAGAAAAUGCCUAUGAUGAACUCAGUUUGGGAUAUGCGAAUCGUGGAAUGGCGCUCCAGGAUUUCGGAUACUUUGAGCAAGCUUACGAUGACUGUGCUGCAGCCCUGGACUCCGGAUAUCCGCAGAAGCUGCAGCACAAACUAAUCAUGCGACAGGCACAUUGCGCCUGGAAAAUGGGCGAUGCUAGGAAGCUGGAAGAGCAUUUGUCGAGCUUGAGGGGAUUGGAGCUGAAUCAAAGCUAUCGCCAGCAAUUGGAGCAGUUAAAACAACAGCUUAAACUUAUGGAGAAUACUCAAAGACUAGAGGAGCUGAAAUCACAGCAGCAAGAGCCCAGGAAAACUCACGAAAUCAUAAGGGAGAAUGGAAGCAGAGGACGCCACAUGCUCGCCAAGGAGCUGAUUCCCAAAGGAGAUCAGAUAUUCAAGGAGCAGGCUAAAUGCUUUGUUCCCAUUGAGCAGCGACUCAUCUGCCAGAGAUGUGCAUCCGUUUUGAUGUGUGCUCCGAUUCCAUGUCCCGAUUGUCACCAGCGUGUCGUCUACUGUUCCCGCCGUUGUCGCCAGUUGCAUGCCACAAUCCACAGUUAUGAAUGUGCCGCAUAUCGUUGUGAUCUUCUGAAGAUGUUGGGGGUUUCUCACCUGGCACUGCGUCUGCUGCUUACGUAUUUGCCACAGUUGCUGUCACAGCUGCAUGGUUGCAAGAAUGCCACAGAAAUCUGGCAAUCUCUCAUGUCGCUAACUGGACACGAUUACCAUGAAACUGCUCCUCAAUCUGUGCAGAGUUUAAACAUGAUUUCACACCUGGACAAAGCGUCUCCGGAAGAACUUGUUUACCACACACUCUGCGCCAAUUUGUUGCAAGUUUAUCUACACAAAUGCACAAAUUUCUAUGAUGUGUUAAAGACUGGUUCUAAUAAGAACAUCUCCAGUGAGGAUUGGCAUCUGGUAAUUGCUGCUCUGAUCCUGCGCUUUGCUGGACAACUGCUCGUCAAUGGUCACGUGGCCGACGCCAUCAUUCCCAUCUCUCUGCCCUCCAAUGAGUUUGCCUUGUUGCAGCCUUCCCUCUGGCAAAGUCCGCAUCACUUGAGAUUAGGCUUUCUGCACAAGUUAUCACAAUCAGCCUUAAUUACGGCCAUCAAUUUGCCGUAUCUGAGUCUAUGUAAUCACGCCUGCUCGCCUUCAAUCCGCACCAGAUUCGAUGGCUGCACCGUGAGCAACUUUGCUGCAGAGGAAAUUAAAUCUGGCGAGGAGAUCUUCAAUUGUUAUACACUGGACUGCAGGAACUCGUUGUCUUUCCAGCGCCAGGCACAACUGCAAGACGUCUACAAGUUUAAUUGUUGCUGCAACAAGUGUCAACGUGAAAAACAAGAUCAGGAUUAUUUUAAAUUUCAUCGUUAUCGUUGUGAGAGAUCCGAAUGCCAAGAGAUCUUUGUACCUCAUUCUCUUCCCAAUCAGGAGAAUUGCAGCUGGUGGCUGCAACCUGAUGAUAAUGUCAACAUUUCUUGUUCCAUCUGCGGCAAGACACAGCUGUUCACAUGGUAUGAUGACUUUCUGCAGCUUCUGGAACAUUGUCAAGAACCAAAGUUACGUCGUCAACUUUACAAGGCUUUUGAUAAUUUAAAUAAUUGGCUGCUGGAUUAUCACAGUCUUAAGUUGAGUCUGGCUAAGGAACUAAUUGAGGCUUGCUUUGCUGCCAAGGAAGAAGGUGUCCACUUGAAUGACUUUGAUUAUGGCCAAUUGUCGUCGAUUAUCGAAUUCCAGCUGGCUGGCAUUGCAGCACAAAGUGGCAACAACUCCCUUGAAUACAUCUCCAAGUUGACCUACUUGUUGGAUCUCAUUGCUUGGAAGAAACACAAAUGCCAUGCCCAGGAUUUAAAAUCUAUGCGUUCUACAUUUGAAUACCUUUCAGAAGAAACAAGACGGAUAUUUGUCAACUAUUACAACGAUUUUAUUGAGCAAUAAACUAACAAUCAGGGAUCUUAA